GUUACAGUCCACCUUCUCCACUUGGCUCACUUCAGUCAUAUCAAGAUGUCGACUGCCAACAAGCACGCGUUGUUCGUCAAUUACACGGCGCCCGAAGACGCCCGGGACGGUGUUCUGCGUACCCGGAUACGGCGACAUGUAAUGGAGGACAUUGGUCGUGCUAGGCGGCGCAGACCUCCACGGCCGCGCGUUGUGGCACUGGAGCUGCGGCGCGAGACUGAGUAUCAGAACCGGGUACCGCGCGGUCUCGAGCCCUCCACUACGUCUACGGGCCUGCAUUUGGGUCUAGAGGACUGGGAAUUGAUCCGUUUCACUAUCACGGAAGCCGAGUACAGGUACCGCCCCUUCCGCGUGGUCUGGAACCACAUAGCCAUGCGCGACCCAGCAGCUAUCAAUCUAACGCUGGCGGCCGCGUCCGUAUACAAGCGGCAAACGCUAGGCCUGCCUGGCCACCCUGGCGAUUUCAACAUAUACUACACCAGGUCCUUGGCGCACCUCAACGCGAAACUGGGCGGGUCGAUGGCUGAGCAGACUAGCGAGGGCGCUAUCAUCACCGUCUUGGGACUUGCCUGUCAUGAUGUCGGUGUCCGCAAUUGGGAACGCUGGGCUUACCAUGCCAACGGACUAGCAACCAUCGUGCGUAUGCGAGGCGGCAUGGACGGUCUCGAGGACGGCGCAGUAGCUUAUGCAACGUGGGUCGAUGUAGCCGCCAACGAAGUGAUGGGCCGACGACCCCAGAUCCCCGUCCCCGCCCAAUAUCUCCGCCCCAUCAACGACCACAUCCCCACCCCCAGACUUCAAGCUCUCCUCUCCGGCCUCGAUCCUGCCACAUCCCUGGCGAUGCGCCGGCUCUCCUUCCUCGCCAGCACCGUGAACGACCGCUUAGCACAAAGCGACAACUCCGAGUUUUGGGUCAACGACUGCGAGGCGUCACGGCUGCUGGUGCCCUCGAUCCACGCGCUGCAGGCGAUUCCCGAACAGUCUGAGUGGCCGGGGCCACUGAUCAGAUGGGCCGGCCAGAUAUUGGUCUUGGGACUUAAGCGCCGGCUUGACUUCAAUACGGGCGAUGGGGACCUUUUGCGGGACCGGUUAGUCGAUGCGUUGUCGUUAUCCUCGCAGCAAAUAUGGCAGGAACAAGCCAUUCACGCGUCCUGGGAUUUGGAGCUCUGGGCGCUACUAACUACAGUGUCGUAUCUGGAUAACCUAUCGGUGGACGAUGCUACGAUAUUGACGCUGCGUAUUUGCCAGGUAAUGCGGGAGGGUGGAUUAACGGCCGGCCUGAGAGAAGCCUUGGAUAUUUGCCGGGAUAUCGCGUGGGUUGAUGAGGUUGUGGUGCCGGGACGGGUUGAACAACUGGGCGAUCUAAUUCUUUCUUACGAGUAGCGCUAUGUAGCACUAGGAUUUUCAUAGCGCUACUAUGAUUUCGAAUACCCUGUGUUUAAAUAUAGUGAGAACUACAUGGUGUAUUGGCCCUUAGAAGAAAACGAGGUAGUCUACACGAAGAAAACUUAGUAUUUUAAUAUUAAUACGUCUUUGCAUGC